CAGGGUUGAUGUCUGGCUUAACCAUCGGGCUCCUGUCCUUAGACUCUACAUCCUUGCUAGUUCUGAAGAACGGGGGGUCAACCAGUGACCGUAUCCAUGCGACGCGUAUACUCCCACUGGUGGAGCGGAAACACGUGUUACUGGUUACGCUGUUGCUGUGUAAUGCGGGGGCGUAUGGAAGUGGAGCGAAAACACAAUUACUGGUUACGCUGUUGCUGUGUAAUGCGGGGGCUAUGGAAGCUCUCCCAGUGUUUCUGGGUCACAUGGUGCCUGAGGUGCCAGCCAUUUUGUUGUCUGUGACGGCGGUGUUGUUAUUCGGAGAAAUCAUUCCGCAGG